AUGAGUCAACAGCAACCAGAACAGGACAUUUCCAGUUAUCUGGCAGAAAGCACGUUGCGCAUCAAGGAUCUGCAUGAAGCAGAAAAGAAACUAGUGCUUUUGGUUGAAAGCGCUGGCGACGCUAUGGCUAUACUUUGCGACGAUUCGCCUCAAGAUCAGGAUGCCGAUCAGGUUGUUCGAAACGAGGUUGUUGCAUUUCGAGAAUUAGCAGCACGAUACUUCACACUUGUUAACGAUAUCCAACUGUCCUUGCGAAGCAACACACACUAUCUACGAAAAAGUGGCAGUAUUGCCAUGAAUGCGACAAGAAGUAUUCCUUUCCGGGAAUCUGUUUCUGGAGAGCAAAAGGAGUUAGAAGUGUGGACAGCAGCAGUAGAAAUGAUCCAUCAACGCGUACAAGAGUUGAAGCGGAUUGCUGAAGAACAUCGCCGCAAAUAA